UCAAAAUCUUCUUUUUCUUCUUCGUUAUUCGCUGUUCUCUUUUCUCAUCUCUUGAUCAUGAGCAGGUCAGGCCAGCCACCGGAUUUGAAGAAAUACAUGGACAAACAGCUUCAGAUCAAGCUGAAUGCAAAUCGCAUGAUUGUUGGUACUCUCCGAGGAUUCGACCAGUUUAUGAAUUUGGUUGUUGACAAUACUGUGGAGGUGAAUGGCAAUGACAAAACGGACAUAGGGAUGGUGGUAAUCAGAGGAAAUAGUGUGGUCACUGUAGAAGCACUUGAACCAGUGAACAGGACCUCCUGAUUUCUGGUUAUACCCUGCUGGGUGUAAAAUGUAAUUGUGGAUCUCUUAAAUUGGUCAUGUUAACACAAACCUGAGUUUAUUUUGAUGGUUGAUUUGUGAGUGCUGGAUACCUCUAUGGUUUUAGUGGGACACAUUGGCCUAAUUAAAAUGAUGACAUUUAUGUACAUCUUUUUUUAGUUGAAUUCUUCUUUUUUAAUGCACAUAACAUUAACUAUUCUCACAUAA